AUGGAAGUGCCCCCUGGUUUGGAUGUUAAACAUCCCAAUGUAGUUUGGAAGCAGGCAUCUCUACAAUGGUUUGCCAAACUCUCUCAAGCUCUUCUUCAACAUGGCUUUACUCAAGGCAAUUCUUAUUGCUCACUUUUCAUCAAGAAAACUGCCACUUCUUUCAUUACUUUACUAGUAUAUGUGGAUGAUGUUCUACUAGCUAGUGAUAAUCUAAUUGAGAUUCAGCAACUCAAGAUAUUUCUGCAUGAUAAGUUCACAAUCAAGGACUUGGGGCAGCUGAAGUACUUCCUAGGAUUGGAAGUAGCCAGAUCAAAGCCUGGCAUCUCUCUCUAUCAAAGAAAGUAUACUUUGGAUAUACUUCAAGAUGCAGGUCUCACAGGUUCCAAGCCAGCUGCAUUUCCAAUGGAAUCUACUCUUAAACUUAGUGCAGAUGAUCCUAAUCUCUAUGAAGAUGCCUCGGGUUACAGAAGGUUAAUUGGCAGGCUACUAUAUUUGACAGUUACAAGGCCUGACUUGGCCUAUUCUGUUCAAGUCCUUAGCCAGUUUAUUGCUAAACCAGCAGUUUCUCAUUAUCAAGUUGCUAUGCGUGUGCUUAGAUACUUAAAAGCUACACCAGGACAAGGAUUGUUCUUCUCUUCAUCUUCAGAUUUUCAAUUAAAAGCUUUUUCUGACAGUGAUUGGGCAAGUUGCUUAGACACCAGGAGAAGUGUUACAGGAUAUGCAAUUUUUCUAGGAGAUUCUUUAAUCUCAUGGAAAUCAAAGAAACAAGCCACAGUUAGCAGAUCAUCUAUACAAGCAGAAUAUAGGGCUCUUGCUGCCACAACAUGUGAGGUGCAGUGGUUAUUAUAUGCCCUUCAAGAUCUCAGUGUUGUUCACUCUCAGCCUACAAUGCUCUACACUGACAGCAAAUCAGCUUUGUCCAUUACAACUAUUCCAGUACAACAUGAGAGGACUAAACAUAUUCAAAUCGAUUGCCAUCUUGUUAGGGAGAAAUUGCAGCAGAAUGUUAUAAAGCUUUUCUAUAUUCCCUCAAGAUUACAACUAGUAGAUAUAUUUACCAAACCUCUCGGAUCAUUGCCUUUCCAUCAUAAUUUGCGCAAGAUGAACAUUAUCAAUAUACAUGCUCAUCUUCAGGGGGGGUGUUGGAGUAUAGCCUCUCAUAUUGACAGCAUGGAGUUGAAGUCUAAAGAAGAAAAGCUAAAGGCUGAAAAAGAGCAAGAGAAGAUUUAA